GGCGGCGGCCAUGGGGAAGAGCCGGGCGCGGAAGGCGGCGAAGUCGGCCAACGUUUUCGCUAUCGCCCGCGGCGCUGCCGCCGGGAAGGCCCGCGGGAAGGGCCGGGCGCGGCCCGUCACCUCCGGGCUGAGAAAGAUAAACAUUGCAAACGCUGACAAAGUGAGCAAGAUAAAUAAAGCUUUUGCUGAAAUUCAGAAAGAAGUACGGCAACUAUCGAAAGGUACUGCAGCAGAACCUCCAAAGAACCAGCAGGUUACUACACCUUCAGAAGAGGAACCAGCGAAUGUGGAUGCUGCCACAAGCCUGUUAUCACAGCUGUAAUGCAUAAUGGAUGAUGAAGAGAUUCCAAGAAUUGAAGGUUACACAGGCUUUCUUUGUAAAAUUUUAUUAAAAAAAUCUUGUUAAUAUACAA